AAGCAAGGCUGGCUGGACGUCAAAGAUCUGAGGAAACAUUGAAGGAGCGAUGCAAAAUGUUUGGGGAUAUCGUACAAGCCUUCUAUAUCUGAUGACAACUGUCUGCAUCAAGUAAUCGAUAACUAAGGAGAUGAAUGACCAGGCUAUUUUUGUCUUGACUUGUUCCCUGAGCUUGGUAUCAGAAGCAGGUCCCUCAGAAGAGUCACCCCUUAAUUAGCGUGCAAGACAUUAAAUGACUCUCAUUAUGGAGGGAAGGCACACUGUCCUUCGGCUGUAUAAGCCCAUCAGGGAGAGGAUCUGUAUCAGCCCGUACCUCCCAGUAGGGCUGGAACACAGGAGUAGAGCCUCCUUCUUGGUCAGUGGCCAUGGUCAGAAGAAGGUGGGGCCAAUGGGAACGAAACAAAAGCAGCAGUCUUCUGAGCUUCCAGGCAAAGACCUAAUCUCCAGUGAGGCUACAAAGGGUGCCAUUGCAGAGCUCAGCUGGAUCGCGGCUGUGCAUCGCCAGGCGCUGGCUGGUCUCUUUGCCCUUUGUGCUGACUGUGCAGCUAGGGUCCAGAUGGGGAACCAGGAUGGCAAACUGGAGGUCCAGCAGGAAGGAGGUGCUGCCUCCCCCUUGAGCGAUACACUGAGCAGCAGCAGCCUGCAGCAUUCCCCCAAGUUCUCUCCUGACCAGAAGAGGGGCACCACACGGGGCCGAAGGCUGAGGAAGCUGGCAGUGAAGCGAACAGACAGCGCAGAGGGUCUCCUGCAAAGCAAGUUUAAAAUGAAAGUAGAGAAGGCCGUCUCUGAGGGCUCCCCAUUCCAAUCUGGGAAAGCCCCUGGGACCUCCACCCAGGAGAGCAGUUCCUGCAAUAGCAGGGAUAGCAGUGCUGCCCCACCUGUGGAGAAAGAGCUUAAUGCCAACCGGAAAACCAAAGAAUUCACGGUAGACUACACUUUUGAGUCUGACACAGACAACUGCAGUGAGUUGUCAGAGUAUGACAAUGAUUUGUACAAUGGAUUUGGGGGACUCCACAGCUUCCUAGGGGAAGAGCAGCAGAAACUGCAACAGGAGCAGAUGCUCAGCGGGGACAACCUGCGACCCACUGAGGAUUGUGGUCCAUCUUCCUUGGAGGUCCCCUCUGCUGCACAUGAAGAAAGAGAUUGGAGAGAUGCUGGAAUCCGAGUAACAGCUAGGGUACAAGAAGUAGGGGGCAUUGUACGACAGAUCAGCCACUUUGACUGUGAGGAACCCACUCUAGAAUUACCGUCUGCAGCCAAAACCUGCAGGACAACCCUGCAGAAGGGGUAUGAACUGACUCGGGUCUCCCUGCCUCUCACUCCUCUGAAGCCAGAGCAGGAUAAGGUAGUAGUGAACAAGCCUCUUCACAGGAUUUUGGAAGUAGAACGCAUAGAUGACAGUGAGGGGUGGAGGAGAUUUCAGGGAAGCCCUAUAGUACCAGUUGUGAACUCCAAAGAACUUUUACCGCAGUCACUCUGGGGCCCAAAUGACAGUUCUCAAGCUUCAAGCCUUAAAUCUGAGAGGAGAAGUCCUUCUUCACCCUCACUCUGUGAGGUCUUCAAUACAUCAUAUCCCACCACCAACAGUCUACAGAGCAUGUCCCCAGUAGUUUCACCAGUUACCUCUCAUAUUACCAGCCCACAGCUCAAUCACCGGAUCCUGCUUCUACCUGAGGAAGAGGGCGACCACGUUGGCAACCAAAGGAAGUCAUUUCUAGGGGCCACCUUGUCUGAAGGAGAGCCCAGGAUCACCACAGAGGUUAUCGACAAGAACGGCAACAGAAAGACUAUCACACGACUGGACCUGAAUCUCUUUCAUCAGGGAGGUGGCUCAAAAUGGGGCUUCUCUAGCCCCACGGUGCCCUCCCCCCCAGAGGACUCCACACUGAGACAGGAUGACAUCUGGCUGCUUGACGGAGAUGAGUCUAUCUCUCAGGAAAAUGAAAUUCUCCCACGCAUGCCCAGACCGAACCACCUCGACAUUCUUAGGAUUACGCCCCCAGAAGAUGACAUCACUGGUGACACACCCUACUACCCCAACCGGGAGUUCACUUCUGAGGCUACCUCACCAGCCGAUAGUGAGGACCGCACACCGGGGAGGCUACAGGCUAUCUGGCCCCCCCCCAAGCCCAAGGAUGAGGUGGAGAAAGUGGGCCUCAAGUAUACAGAAGCAGAGCACCAGGCUGCCCUUCUUCAACUGAAGAGAGAAUGCAAAGAGGAAGUGGAGAAACUGCACGCCGAUUUCCAGCUCAAGAUCUUCGAGUUGCGCGGGGAGCAUGCCGCCUCCUUGUCCAAGCUGGAGGCAGCUAUUGCGAAAAUGCGGCAAGAGAGGGGCUGCGAGCCAGGCCAGGAGCGCAUUCUGACACGUGAGGCCUGUGUCUCCACAGAGGAUGACCUGCCUAAGAAUUACCGGAAUGUGUGCGUCCAGACAGACCGUGAGACUUUCAUCAAAACACCCGAGGGUGACAGUGGCCAGGUCACCCAGGCUACAGGCCAGAACAUGCCAAAAAAGCUUAACCUCGAGUCCAUCAACCAGAGCCUUGUGAGUAGGGCAGAGUCAGACUCUGGGAAUAUCCCACCCCCUCCACCUCCACCCCUGCCGGGCCAAUCAGGGCCACCUCCCCCACCACCUCCUCCCCCACCACCUCCUCCGCCAUUACAUGGUACUGCUGGUUCUCUGCAGCCACCCCCGCCACCAGGGCCAGGGCCCCCACCUCCCCCUCCUCUUCCUGGGGCAGCACCCCCUCUACCUCCUCCACUGCCCGGAGCUGGGCCCCCUCCCCCACCUCCUUUGCCUGGGGCUGGGCCUCCUCCUCCUCCUCCACCUAUGUCUGGAGGAGGUCUCCCACCACCGCCCCCUGGACUGUCUGCCUUCAACCUUGCAGCGGAGAAAGCCCCGCGUAAGCCAGCUGUGGAGCCCACCUGUCCCAUGAAGCCCUUGUACUGGACCCGGAUCCAAAUCCAAGACAACAACAACAAUACCCUCUGGGGUUCUCUGCAAGAGCCAGACAUCCUCAACACGAAGGAGUUUGAGGACUUGUUCUCCAAAGCCACCCUGCAGGCAAAGAGGAAGCCCUUAUCCGACACUUAUGAGGAAAAAGCCAAAGCUAAGAAGAUUGUCAAGCUGUUGGAUGGAAAGCGCUCCCAGGCUGUGGGAAUCCUUAUUUCAAGUCUUCACCUGGAAAUGAAGGACAUACAGCAAGCUGUUCUGACUGUGGACCACACUGUGGUGGACCUGGAGACCAUUGAGGCCUUGUAUGAAAAUCGAGCACAGAGCGAUGAGCUGGAGAAGAUCAAGAAGCACCAUGAGACCUCUGGUGAGGAGGCGGCCAAGCUGCUCGACAAACCUGAACAGUUCCUGUACGAGCUGUCCCUGAUUCCUGACUUCUCUGGCCGAGCCCACUGCAUCAUAUUCCAGUCUGUCUUCUUUGAUGCUAUAUCUGCUGUCCACCGCAAAGUGGAGAUAGUCUCCCACGUGUGCAAGGGCCUACUGGAGCAAGACAGCGUGAAAGAGAUUAUGGGCUUGGUGCUAGCCUUUGGGAACUACAUGAACGGGGGCAACCGCACCAGAGGCCAGGCAGAUGGGUUUGGUCUAGAGAUCCUGCCCAAACUGAAGGACGUCAAAAGCCGGGACAACCGUAUCAAUUUGGUGGAUUACGUGGUCUCCUACUAUCUACGCAACUUCGAUGAGCAUGUCGGGACAGAGAAGAGCAUUUUCCCACUGCCCGAGCCCCAGGACCUCUUUCUCGCUGCCCAAGUCAAGAUUGAUGACCUCACGAAAGACAUCAGGAAGCUAAAGAAAGAUCUGUCGGCCUGCGAAAAGGACAUUCAGAGGGUGUGCGCUAACUCCAAACCAGAGCACCUCCAGCCAUUCAAAGACAAGAUGGAGUCUUUUGUCUUGAAAGCGCAAGCAGACUAUGCCGCAGAAGACAAGCGUCUCCAACUUGCAGAGAAAAGCUUCCAGGAGAUGGUGGCCUUCUUCGGCUUGAAACCCAAGUCUGGGGAGAAGGAGGUGGCACCCAACUACAUCUUUAUGCUUUGGUACGAGUUCUGCAAUGACUUCAAGAACACAUGGAAGAGGGAGAGCAAAAACAUCUCCAAGGAAAGGAUUAAAGAGGCUCAGGACACGGUGGACAGGAUGACAGCAGAAAAGAGGGUAGAGACCAAGAAGCUCAACCCCAAAAGCCUGAAAGAGCGACUUCGCCAGAAGGAAGCCAACUUGUCCUCCAGCUGAGGGAUUGGAAGAUGGGGGGGCAGGGUGUCAUUUGCGAAAGCCCUGUCUGCCAGCCACCAACCACUCUACCCAGGCAUCAGACCUACCCACAUUGCUGCAAUUUCCUCCAUCACCCGUUCCCCCUUGAUGCUAUAACAAGGUGGCACAGAGGAGCACCUGUGCCCACUACCCUGCUGAGGUUGGUUAUGGGCUGUAUGCUGCUUUCUCCACAGUCUUUGUCAACAGGAAGUUGACUGACUGCUACUAUUUGUGGACUUCUAAUGGUGUAAAGUAUACUAACUCUGAAAUUUAAAUAGUAUUGCACCUCUGAGCUUGACAGUGAAUUCUCAGUGAGACUCACUGCCUUGUAGUGCUUUCACUGCUGCCUGGGGAACAUUCAGCUGAGACUGCUGAGGUGCCGGAACCCGCUAUCCAUGGACAGACAUUUUCAGAGACUGGCAUCCUGGUAAAACUCCAUUGCAUCAGGAGUUGCAAAUGUGUUUCAUACAAAGGUGAAAAUACUUGUACUCUGUCAUCACAGUGAUCUCCAAGCAGGAUUCCCACAAAUCGUCGAAGGAAGACGCCAGAAACACUUAAACAGUGCAAAUCUUUUCCAUUGCAGGAAACACUGGAGUCAACAGAGUUGAAUUUAUAGUAAAUUCAACAAUACAGUAAAUGCAGUAAUACAAUAAAUUUACAGUAAAUAAUUCUCCCCUGUAAAUGGGAAGAUGUUUUUGUGAAAAUAUAGGAAAGGUGUAAGCUGAUCAGUGUAUGCCUGCAUGUUUUCCAAACUUCUCCACAGUGACCCCUUUUGGACAAGUGUAAGAAUGUCCAGGGAUUGCAGCUGGGGCUCAGAUACUCAGGUGACUAGAGCAUUCAGUAGGUUAGUGAGCUUUACUAAACAAGGUUGUUACAGAAAAUGCUUAACUGUUUGCUGUGGGAUCCUCAAUCCCAAAUCGAUAGUUGGUUGCUCUACUGAACUGAUCUUCAAAAUGUAGGAAUAUAGCUGUGAUAUGGAAUAGUGAACCAUGAUAUUAAGAUAUUAAGCACUGCAAUAGCAUUAUGUACUGUGCCAUAAUCUUCCAGUUAACCUUGUGGUACUGGUUAAGGCAUAUUGCACUUUUAAACUCUGUUUCAAUUCCUAUGCAACCAUUUUUAUUUUCCUCGCAGUACCUGAAAACAUGCAUUACAGUGUGUUGUUGCAUUGUUUGAAAAAUACAUGUUCCCUAUUUUAUUUGUGGAAAUAACAAAAAUAUAAAAAUAUAUUCAAUGAAGAUAUGAAGACAUAUACGUAUAGCGCAUAUGUGUGUGUGUGUGCAUAUAUAUAUAUAUAUAUAUAUAUAUAUAUAUAUAUAUAUAUGCGUCUUGAUGAAAGUUCUCUGAACUUUAUGUUUAUGUUGUUUUAGCCCCUCUGACUGACAGAUGCUCUGUUAGGGUUAGUUCUCUGUAUCGGUUAAAUUGAAAACAAAUUUUUAAUUCCAAUUCAUUAAGCAUCGAUUUACCUCUAAAUAAAUGACCUCAAAUAUCUAGGCCUGAUGUAUACCCUAGAGUAUGUAUGCUUUUGAAGUAUAACGUUUAAUUAACUAGUUUUUCGUUUUGAAGCUUUAUAUUUUUCAUAUUGCAGAAGUGUUGCACAUGUUUAACACGCUAUGGUCUAGUAUUAGCUUUGACGGGUGGCCCUCACGGGUACAAUCAAAAAUGACGUAACCUUUACAGUGGGUAAAAUUUAGUUUGUCCAUAUAACUGUAUGAUAAAAGUUUUAGGAUUCUAAAACUUAAUUUGCAUUUAUUUCACCUGUGUUCUUUUCUUUAUUUGUGAAAUUUAUAAUGGACAUUUCUUUGAUGUGUAAAUUAGCGACAGGUGCCCCGGCGCACUGACUCGAAAUAUCUAAGAUAUGGAUGUGUUCUUGACAGACUAUAGAUAAAUUAUCUGAAACAGUUAUUUUUUCGUUUUUAAUUGAAUUAAACAUAUGCUACUGUUUUCGCAUCAAAUAUGUGGCCUUCUUUGGCGUGAAGAAAACGACAGCUUUGAUACGUUAUCGAUACUUUAAAUGAAACUGCACUUGGCCAACUCUGAUGUAUCGGUAAUGUUGAUGACUGUAAAAAACGCACCGCCGUGUGUGCUGUCUGUAUCUGUUGAUAGCAUCUAAGAUUCAUAAUGCUGCGGGUUAAAGAAAAAAAUGGAAGGGGGUAGGGUCUGGGACUUGGGCAGGUUGAUGAAGGGCUUUAUAAAAGCACAGUAGUAUGUAGAAAAAUAAAACAGCAAAUCAGUGAACCCGGACUGAUCUAAACUGAUGUGGUUCGAACGUGCUGCUAUGCGUGUGUUCUCGAGCACGCAUAAAUAUUUUAAAACGGAUUACACAGUUUUCAAAUAACUGUUAAUGGACUUUUUGGAAGAGUCCAAGUAAGUAUAAUUCAGUCAUUUGAGUAACGUUUAAUAUACAGCCAAGCACCACCUAGUUACGAAAAAUACGAUAUUACUUUACACGGAAACACUAGUGAUAAAUCAAAUAAACACGUUUUCAACGUAGCUGACCUGGCUGGGGAAAUCUGACGCGAGUAAAGACCCCAUGCUGUAUGUUUGCGAAGGCGGGUGAACUGCUGAGCUGUUUUUCUUUGUCACAUUAGCCCAAAGACAGUUCUUGUCUGUUUAGUAAAUACCAGAUACGUCUAAUAAUCGAUUGCAAAACAUGGGAAAGACAGUUUACACGUAUUUAGGCAAUGAAGGUGUGCUUUGUCGGUCUCUAAGUUUCUUUGCAUGUAACUUAAAUUACUUCCACAGUUUUGUUGUAGAUUAUUUAAAUUAAUUUUAAUCUGAUUUUUCAAAACAUUUUAGCGUAGCAUUAGCAUUUUUCGCAUUAACUUGCCAGUUUUUUUUAAACAGUCGUUAGAAAAAUGUUCACAUAAAUUUGCUUGCAUAUGUUGUUCAAUAAGGCCACAUUUGUUAAAUUACAUGGUUGCAUAUCCUUAUAAAUUGUUUGCCAUCAUUUAAAUAAAGAGGGGAGACUGUGGGUUUGCAGCG